AUGACUACUAGUAUGUCUACCAUGUUGCGUUCGCUCCUGCUGCUGCCUCUGUUGGUGUCGUUGGUGAUUGCCGGCACGAACGAAGAAGGUUUGGAAUUCUUGGAGAAGAACAAGGACGCAGAGGGUGUCAUUACGUUGGAGUCGGGGCUUCAGUACAAAGUCUUACGAAAGGGAGAAGGUGUCUAUCAUCCUACCGUGGGUGCACCCUGUUCGUGCCACUACGAAGGUACUCUCAUUGAUGGCACCAAAUUCGAUUCCUCCUAUGACCGAGGAUCACCCACUACAUUUGCUCCCAACCAGGUGAUCAAGGGAUGGACAGAAGCCAUGCAAUUGAUGGUAGAAGGAGACAAGUGGCAAAUGUUCAUUCCAUCAGAGCUUGGAUAUGGUGACAAUGGAAGUCCUCCCAAAAUUCCUGGAGGCAGUGUCCUGAUCUUCACUAUGGAGAUUCUAGAAAUUCAGGGAGACAAGGUCCCCGCCAUGACCUGUACCGUGACACUCGAGGGUGACACCGUCCAGGGCACGACCGGUUGCAACGAAAAGGAAGAAAAGUACGUGGAAAAGAUCAAGGCAUGGGAAAAGAAAAAGGUCUCGACCGAAAUCAAGCGACUUGGCAACAUGAAGGACGGCAAAAUGAAGCCCGAGUUGAUGGCAUGGAUCGAUCGUCGCGUUCACAUCCUCCAACAAAUGCCAAAAGAAGAGGGAGAUGAACUUUAAUAAUAAUAAAAGAAUGACAAUCUACAAACGAAGGCUUUGAGGCAAACCAAAACACGAGCAACUAACUGUGGGAACCAAACGGUAGAAGCGCCAAAAGAGUUGGAAUUUUCGUUCGGGUUACGCAACUUCUUAAAGUACACUAAAUGUUGUGCCUUGCUUCGUUUUGUCAUGUAGUAGUCCAUCCAGGGUAAGGAUGACAGUAGCCAGCAACCAUCCAACCAUCUCGCUCUCCAUGGCGGUGGCGAGUCCUAUCUAUUCUGUCGUUUUUGCAACAUGCAGUAGUUUGCAAUGCAGUAGUUUUCUUGCUUCUGCAUCAACCAAAAGCCGGUCCUCUAAUCCACCCUAUCCAGAGAAAGU